AUGAGGGCGUGGGUGCGGGGAGGGCCCAGCAGACAUCUGAGGAGACAUCCUGGCUUGGGCGUCGGUCCCCUGGGGUGUGCGACCCGGGCCCGGCAGGCGAGCGCGUUGGGAGGGUGGCAGUGGGCCACGUGUGUGCGGUCUGGCGGGGAAGGGACCGUCCACGUAUGCCCCUCCUGCCCUGCCGGCCACCCGUCAGGAUGGACACUCGGGCCCCUGACGGUCACCAGGGGCGUCCGGGCCGGCGACCGGGCAGUGGCCUCGCCUGGAGGUCCAGGACCUGGGCGGCGGUUGUGUCCUCAGGUGACCCCUGGGCUUGAGAACCCAGCACCCUUGAGUACUCUAAAGAAGAGGGCGCCAACCUGUGCGAGCGCGCACCCUCGUUCGGGGAAGACUGUGUGCAGAUUGUCUCCAAGGUGCCACCUGAUCUCUGAAGAACAGUGCCCUUCAGAAGCAUGCAGCGGGGUAAAGGGUGUGCGGAGAAGCGGUUGGAGUGUGAGAAACAAGAGAUCCAGCUCACAGAACCGGACCUGCCUCCAUCCACGUGACGUUCGAAGAGUCCUGAAAGUGAAACUGGAGAAGCUGGAUGAGAGAAGAAAACUGGGCCGAGGAAGAAUACCAGAUGACCAGGAGACCAGUACGCCCUCCCAGAAGGUAGCUCAACAGCCGGCAAGUAGACCCCCUCGUAAAAAGUAUGGCAAACGCAAAGGGGUCGUUCGGAGGAGUGCCGGGAAGAGAGAAGCCUCAGGAUCACUGCCAGUUGGUGCAGAGAGUGAGGAUGCCCUGUGCGGUGACAAAUCACGGGUGCACACGACCUCUGCCCCUGCUCCAGCAGAAAGGCCAAUAAAGGCAUCACGGAGGUCCAGCGCGUGCCACGAUUUCCCGACACUGUCGGGACACGAGGGAGAGAAAGAGGGCAAGGCAAAGGCACAAGCCUCCACGGCUGCGUCCCGGCGUCCCACAGUCCUGGAGGAGGGUGCAUGUGCUAAUGAUGGACAGGUGGCCCCAUCCCAGCCACUGGGUCUCAUCCCCAGUGUGCCCAUAGCUCUGAACGCAGAGGCACAGGACACCUGGCCGAAGACCGUGGCUACUCACUCCGCGUGCUCUGCCCUCUCAGGGAAUGCUGAGGACCGUGGAGAGGGGGCCUCGAAGCCAGGCGUGGAAGGGGCGGCCGCUUCUUCCGGGUCCCCUGCCCCCUCCAGGUCCCCUGCCAUGAGGCCGCGUGAAUCCCUCUGUCUGGCAGACCGAAUUAGGAAGCUACAAGCGGCAGUUUCUUCAAAAGGACUGCAAGAACACCGACCUCCUGCUGACUCGAUGUCUAGGAAUCCCAUCCGCAAGGCUAAAAUGGAUGGCGCCGUGGUGAAGAGUGUCAGCGCGUCGGAGAAGACCGCACGGGUGCUCUUGAUUGAGGCAGACCUGCGCCAGGAGAGGAGCGGCAUCCGAGUUCCUCUUCGAAGACUGAAGCCCCUGGAUUGCAGAGAGAAAGACAGACUCCUGCAGAGAGCCAGGAAAGUGCACGAGCAAGGUGUUAACUGGUGUUUCUCCCUCAUCUCCCACUACACACAAGCCAUCGGCCGGGGUUCCUUCGUGGGCUCUUUCCUGGACUAUUAUGCCGCCGACGUCAGCUACCCACUCAGGAAAGCCAUCCAAGAGGGCCCGCUGGAGGUUGACUUUCCAAAGGUGAACUAUGCCGACCUGGAAGACUCUGAGGAGGAGACCUCCCUGGGCGGGAAGAGGCCCUGCAAGAGGAUUCUCCCCGACAGGAUGAGGGCCGCUCGGGACCGGGACAACCGCAAGCUGGUGGACUUCAUCGUGAAGAGAAGGGGGGCCGACCACCACCUCCUGGACAUCUUGAAGGGCAGGAAACAGUCCAGGUGGCUGACAUCAUUUCUGAAUUCACCAAGGCACAGGCUCUGCGUUGAAACGUACCUGGAAGAUGAGGACCUGUUGGAUGUUUUGACGAAACAUCUACAAGAAAUCUAUACACAAAUGGACAACACCAUGCUGACUCUCAUAAGAGACGACAAAGUAAAUUUUGUUCUGGAAGUUCUCCUGCCAGAAGCAAUCAUUUGUUCCAUCGCAGCACUUGAUGGGCUGGAUUACCAGGGGGCAGAAGAGAAGUAUCUGCGAGGGCCCCCCGUGCACUACCGCGAGAAAGAACUAUUUGACAGAAACGUCAUAAAGGAAAGGAGAAAGAGAUCAGCAACCAUGAGGACGGCUAACUAG